AGUAUUAUAACUGAUUCCACCACCACCACCACCAUCACAACGAUCGCAUUUAUCAUUGUGUCAUUAGUAACAUUUUUCACCAUUCUAUGUACCUGUACUCUCUUUGCAAGUACAGCCCUUUUGUUGUUGUUAUCUGGUCAAGGCAUUUUCAAGGAAAACAGGGCAGUUGGUGGAGCUGGAAAACUGAAUCUGAGCUCAGAUUUGAACUUGCAUUUGUUAAUGCUGGGAAAAACCUGUUGGAUUUCCAUCAGUUGGCUCUGAAUUUGAUGCUUUUGAGGCCUGUGUUGAUUUGGGAUUCUGGGAAAUGUGCUGAUAUUGAUAUUGAUCUUUUGGACUUCUUUGGUCAGAGAUCUGUAGUUGCAGUUUAGUUUGCUUCUCCAAGAAAAGGUUGGAUUUUGAUGGGGUGUCUGAGAUCUAUGCUGUGAAGGGUCGUAUACACAUCCCAUUUCACGCAAGAGAAGAUGGCUUCUGAUUUAAAUGCUCAGCUAUCCAAAAGCACUUCAAUAUUUGGUCUGAAGGUUUGGGAACUGAUUGGAAUCAUUGUUGGGGCAUUGAUUGUAGUUAUCCUCUUUGUGCUGACAUGCUAUCUUACUUCAAGAAAGAAAUCAAAAAGAGCUAAUGAACAGAUUCCCUUCAGCCAAAUACCGGCAGUUUCAAAAGAAAUUAAAGAAGUGCGAGUGGAGCAAGUAUCAACAAAUGAAUUUACUCCUCGUGAAGGGAUUCUUCUUACUAUUCAUGACAAAUCUAGUGAUAAAGAGUCUGACAAGGUUUUGGUCCAUUUGGGAACGGGGAAAACGAAGAAUGCAGAUAACGGCAGUCAAUCUGGUUCUUUUCAUCAUGUUGAAAGAGAUGGUUGUGGAUCACAAUCUGGAGAGGAAGGGAGCUCUGGAACAUUUGGUGCAUACAAAAAUUCGCAUCCAAUAACAGCUCCUUCUCCUCUGACUGGACUUCCAGAAUUUUCGCAUUUGGGCUGGGGCCAUUGGUUUACUCUUAGAGAUCUUGAGCUUGCAACAAACCGAUUUUCAAAAGAAAAUGUUCUUGGUGAGGGUGGAUAUGGUGUUGUUUACAGAGGAAAACUAAUUAAUGGUACUCCAGUGGCCGUUAAGAAGCUCCUCAACAACUUAGGUCAAGCUGAGAAAGAAUUCAGAGUGGAAGUUGAAGCCAUUGGGCAUGUGCGUCACAAAAAUUUGGUCCGGCUUCUAGGAUAUUGCAUUGAAGGAAUUCAUAGGAUGUUAGUCUAUGAAUAUGUCGGCAAUGGUAAUCUAGAGCAAUGGCUUCAUGGAGCUAUGCGCCAUCAUGGCUAUCUUACUUGGGAGGCCAGGAUGAAGGUUCUACUUGGCACAGCUAAGGCUCUUGCUUACUUGCAUGAAGCAAUUGAGCCAAAAGUUGUUCACAGAGAUAUAAAGUCGAGCAAUAUACUGAUAGAUGAUGACUUCAAUGCCAAGGUCUCUGAUUUUGGUCUAGCUAAGCUGCUCGGCGCAGGGAAAAGCCACAUCACAACACGGGUUAUGGGCACCUUUGGAUAUGUGGCUCCUGAAUAUGCAAAUACUGGUCUUUUGAAUGAAAAGAGUGAUGUUUAUAGCUUUGGUGUUGUACUUUUGGAAGCAAUUACAGGAAGAGAUCCAGUAGACUAUGGUAGGCCGCCACAAGAGGUACACAUUACUACCUCCCAUCCUGUUGGAUUAGAAAUUGCAAUGCAUUUUCCGAUUUUUAAAGGCUAUUCAGACAUGGGUUAUGUGAUUUCUCAAGUUUGAACUUACUGCAAUUGUGCGAGAGAGAGUUUUUGCAAGAUGGACCCUCUGAAAUCCUGAUUAUUGUUUGAACUCUCAAUACCAUUCAUUAUACACUAGAGUUUUCUCUCUUUUCUUCUGUUUGAUAGUCUAGAAAGAGCAACAGAUAGAACCAAGGUUAUCCAUUUAAGCAAAUUUCCUGCAAACGUUGCAACACUUAAGCUUCAUCAUGUAAAUUUUUGAAACAAAAUAUGAGGCUAUGUUGGCAUACUCAUGAUAUGAUGUUCCUCUGGUAUUGUACAAUAAACAUUUCUGCUUGCUUUUCAGCAUGAACUAUAUUUUCCAAACAGUUACUUAAUCAAGCCUGUUUAUCUAUGUUAAAUCUUCUCAAGACUAAUCUUGCAUGCAUUUGAUUGUUCUAUCUGAUAUCCUACAUAGCAAGCUCCCCAUUUUUAGACUGUAGUAUGUACCGCACUACAAGGGCAACUUAUGUAAAAUCACUAUUGUAUAAUCUUUUUGGUUUAUUAACACUAUCUUGCAUCCCAAAAAACUGUCUUUGGUGACUAGAAAAAGACAAGCCAGGAAAGGAAAUGCAGAAUGGCGUGUUCUGGUUAAGGCUAUGUAUUUAGUACAUAGCUUUACUUUUUGCUAUUACUCGUUUGUCUUACCCAUGAUGCCUCUGAGUUGCCUCAAGAAAGUUCUUUUUGUGCAAAGUCUUUUAUUGGGAUGUAAUUAUAU